AUGUCUUGGGUAAAGGAGAAGAAAGCCCCAGUAAAUCUUGAUGAGUUUCAAGACAUUGAUGAGGAUGCUUUAGUUGAGGCUCUUUCUCCUGAAGAAUUAGCAGAUCUAAAUGCGGCCAUUGAUCCCGAGGUAAGAGUCAUGAUCGAGGUUAUCUUGUUUUGGGAAUGAUUUGACAUCGAUCUGCUGUCAGAGCCUAUCCCUCUUGCACCAAACAUCCAACGAAUAUUUAAGUUAAUGACAAUUGUUUUCUAUCGUAUUCGUUGGUGUACAGUGAAUCGCACAGUUAUACUUCUAUGUAGGGUAUUUUAUUUGUGCCUACAGGUCUGUGAAUCCAGGUCAUUCUUUGUCCUCGAUCUCUCCUGUGAUUCGUGCUGAGCGAUUCUUCCAUAAUUUUAAUAAGCUCACUUGCUCAAGCUGAAUUACUGCUGCACUAGUAUUUCAAAUUACCUAUCAUACUACUUAAUCGCAAAAUCUCCUUACUUUUCAAGAGUUUUUCUCUUUAAUGUGUGAAAUUUAGCUCGAAAACUCACUCAACACUGCUAAGGAAUCUUUUUUGUAACAAGUUGUUGUGAUAUUUUGCUGGUUAGUUUUAUUUGUUUUGCAUAUGCCUUUCGAAGAGGAAAGACAGCAAUUUUUGGCUGUAAAACAACUGGAACUGCAAAUGAAAUAUACAAAAGACUGUCAUUCCAUAAAGAAGAAUUUGAUUGACCACUGGUUAUGACCAUAAAUUCUAAAAUGUUUGUUUGUCAUUGAUUUUCCAUCGUAUGAGCUCCUUCAAAUACAUAUACAUCAAUAACAACCUCAUUCUGUUUUCAUCGUAUGCUAAGUUGGUGUUUAAGCAGAGAUAAAAUUGCUUAAGAUAUAAUGCAGGUUACAGCAAUAUGCCAGUUUGCAAGGCCUAGAUGUAGUUGAGAAAAUACUGUACAGGCUCAUUCAUCAGACCAGAUAGAUGUAGAUUAAGACUGCUAUGCAUCUUCAAAAUGACUCUUAAGCCUCUGUUCAAAAAUAUCUGAUUUUGGGAGGCUGGGAUUCCCCAUGAAAUUUGAAAAAUUUUAUAUAUAUAAUUAGGAGUCUGGUCAUUAAUUAAUUCCCUUGAGUCUAAGCUCGAUGGAACCUAUAACUUGAUGCUGAGAGCUAUACUUUACAUCUCUUGGAGACAACAUCCAACCAAACUGCAGCUUCGUAGACCCAUCCUUGACAUUUCUACAAUCUUACAUGGAUGAAGAAUGCGCUUCACAGAUCACUGCUGGCAAGCAAAACAAGAACUCGCAAGUGAUCUACUGCUGUGGUCACCUAACCAUGGUAAAAGGCAGGUUGGUGACCCUGCAAUCAACUACAUCGACCAACUCUGUAGAGACACAGAGUGCCUUCCAAACGACCUCUCUGCUUUGUUGCAGGACCGAGAUGGAUGGCUUGAUAGGCUCAUGAAUGCCUGAGCUAGCUUGACCUUAUGAUGAAUUAGGAGUUACACAUAGGCUCAAAUACUGUAACUUUUUACUGAUUUAAGGGAUAACUAAAAGAUAUUCACUGACAUUUCAAAUCAAAGUAUCUCUCCCAGCACUGUUUAAGCUCAAAAUUGAUUAGUACCGUACAUGUAACUUUAAGUUGGAAAACAAAUGGCAAAGAAUACAACAGCUUGUAAUUAGUAAGCUAACCUACAGCUAUCAGAGCAUUUUCCAAACAGGAGUCCAACAUGUUUUAACACAUUUUGUUGAAGUUUAUUGUAUUAAAUUAUUUAUGUGCCCCAAAACUCUAAUCAAUAAUGGUUGAUUUCUGACAAUAAUUUGAUUAAGUUUGUCAAAGUUUAGCAAACAUAUUAUGUUAUGGUAUGAUAUAAAAGCAAAAAUUAAUUUCUGAAAUACAGUCAUAAUUGCUGCACAUAUACACACAAUAAUUAUUCGGUUAUAUUUUCCUCUUGUCAAACUAACCUUGAGAUUUGUGCCAUAUUUUCAAGUCUUUUAUGUAGUCUAGGAAUAAAAGUGUUAAAUGAAUAAAAAAAAUACUGGUAAUUUCUGUCCUAUAGCUAGUUUGACAAUAUUUAUCUGUUGUUCAAAAUGGUAAAGGUUAUUUGUAGAACUUCUGUGAUUCACCUUUGAAAGAGAAAUAUGUAAAUAUAUUAUAAUUUUCAAUUUCAGAAUGCUCUGCUUCCAGUCAGUGAACGUCAAGCAAAUCAAACAGACAAGCAAAAUACGGGUCCAUUUGACAGACAACAUUUGCUAGAUCACUUGGAGGAACAGGCUAAGAAUGAGAAGGAACGUGAAGAUUAUGUGCCUUACAAGAAAGAAAAACGAGGAAAGGUGUGGCGGCCUAAGGACCAGCCCAGCCGAAAGGAUCCUGAACCCAUGUUACCGGACGACCUGAGUGAGGUGUUGGAUAAUGCCACUGAAGAAGAGAUGAUGGAACUUGCAGGUAGUAUAUCAUUUUCUAAUCUUGUUGGUGAUUGUUCCAAUGGCUAUUUGAUAUAAUUUAACAGUUGUUUUACACAAAUGAACCUUUCAGCAAUUCUUGGAGUACAUGGAAUGCUGACCCAAAACCAGAGUCACUGGGCAGAAAAGACGGACGCUGGAAAAGCACUCAGGGGUAGUGGCUUAAAGAAGUACAAACCUGGUGUGUAGAUAAUAAAUUUAACUUAUGAGAAACAAGAUUUGUUUUUAUAUUUAGAAUUAGGUAUAUAUAAUACAACUAGAAUGCCUUGCACUAAUUUUAUUCUAAGGUUCUUGCUUCUCUGGCUUUGUGUAAUGGACUGUAAAAAUGUAAAACACUCUUACUUAAAUAGCUUUACUCUUUUCACAUAAAGUGGAAUGAUCAUUUGUAUCCUGUGCUUUUGAAAGUACUAAAAUUCUUGAUCUAAAAUUCUUGCCUGGCAAGAAAAUCUAGUUGUAUUGGAUCACUAGACGGGACUUUUUUUCAGCCUUGUGAUUAAUCUUUUUAUUGACUUUCCAGGUGUUGUGAAAGCAGCAAAGGUUAAAAAGCCAGAUCUGACGGCCGUAAAUGAGUUGAAUCUCAACAAAGCUAUGGAUCAACUGAAGAGCAAUGAUCCUAAACUCAAAAAUUUAAACCUAAACAACCAUCAAGAAGUUACAGUGGGAGUGCUUGAAGAUGUAGCAAAAGCACUAAAAAGUAACACCAAUCUUAAACAUCUUCAACUGGCAAAUACACAGAUGACAGACAAGACAGCCAAGGUGUUUGAAUAUUACUUUUUACUUACAAAUUCUACCUGGUAACUUUGAUUCACACCAGUAGUGGCCAUUUUUUUUACAUAAAACUGGGUUAAUGUUGGCAAAUUUAGUUUAGCAUCUGAAUCAACAGGCUUAAAGAUAUAAGCUACGUCAUCAAAAAAUUUAAUUGGUUUAAGUCCAGUUUAUGUAAUAUAAACUGUGAUGAAACACGAGUUUGAUACAAUAUUUGUGGUUGUAUCAAAGCAUUAAAAUCAGUUUACACUGAACCAUUAAACUCUCAAGACAUCAUUGCUGUCUCCUUUUUACUGGUUCAAACUUAGUACUGUGACCUGUAUGAUAGGAAUAAGCUUUUAAGUAUGAAAGCUUUGCAGUGUACACUGUGACAAGACAUGAAAACCAUUCACAGCACUCAUGUGAUAUUGUUUUCUCCUUUAUAUUUUCCCAAAAAUCCAAUCAGAUUUGUUUUGCUUUGUUUGUUUGUUUUUUUUAGUGUAAAAUAUUGAAGUUUUUUUUUUCUGCCCUAAAUUAUCUAGUUGUUUGCUGAUGCUGUAAAUAAAAACAAAACACUAGAGAGCAUUAACUUGGAAUCCAAUUUUCUAACUGGUGAAGGAAUAAUGGUAUGUAUAUCACUACUUUUCUGAUUGUGAUAUAGUCAUUCAUCUUGGUGAUCAGUGCUAAUCUGAAAAUUUUUUCUCCUGGAUCCUAACACGUCAUGAUAUGAUGGUAAAUUCGCACUUACCCGUGGCAUUUAUCCGUUUACUGGGCUCAACUGAUUGCCAUUAGCAUAACUCUGUCCACUACCCUAACAUACUACACCUGAUGACUCAACUCUGAAAAGAUCUGGUGAUAUUAAAAAAGUUGAGGUUAAAGGUUUGUUUAUAGUGGAAAGCAGUCCACUUAAGUCACUAAAAUAUUUAGACACAAAUAAUCCAAAUAGAGCAUAACAGGAUUAACCCCCCUGGCAGAAGGUAACCAGUUGGCUAUUAACAAGCGUGGCCAAGGAGUUGAACUUGGGACGACCAAGAACAAAUCCAGUCAGUAGCCAGAGCGGGACUCGAACCCAGGAGUGCCAAAUUGCCAGUGUAAUGCACUGGUCACUUGGCCCUGCUGGUUCAGUGUUUUCUUUGGUUCAAAUUGUCCUAUUGGCAAGCAGCAAGGAGAGAUGGCUGUAUUUGCAGGCUAAAAUUCUAUAUUCCAUUGCUUUUGGGUUUGAAAUUGAAUGAUGAUGAGUUUGGAACAAAGGAAAAUAAAAAUUCCGUGAUGGAUAAAAUAGAACUGCAACAUAUUUAUAUUGAAUUUUAUCUCUUUUGCAAUGCCCACCAACCACUCUCCUCCCUUUCCUACUUUUUGACCACUUAUUAGUUAAGAAAUAAUAAUUCUUUCUUGACUAAGGAGUGGUCUAAUAAUUAUUAUUUAUUAAAGUUUUUGUGCUUUAUUGCAAUACCUUUACUGUGGUUUUUUUGUGUGCCAGGCAAUCAUGAAUGUCCUAGAAACCAAUACCAACUUAAAGGCUGUACGGCUUACCAACCAGGUGUGUAUUGAUUUUUGUUUGACACUAGAUUCACAUUUAACAUACAGUUUUUAGUUGCAAUUUCCAAGUCCUUCUGUGGAAAUUCUUGGACAAAGCUGCUGAAAUCCAACAGAAAUCAUGAUCAAUUUUGUCGCAGCACAAAAAAGCUGGACUCUCACUAACCUGGACUCUCUCCAGCGAUUGACAUCCUGAUUUAAUUACUUGCUGCUGGAAUCUCAUUUCUAUGCUGAAAACAAUGUGCCGGAAUUUUUGUUUUCUCUUUGGAAGGGAUGUAACUUGUAGUCUCAUUUUUUCCCUUUGUUACCUAUCCAGUAGUAUUUCUAUGCUCUAACUUAGUUUGUUAGCUGGGUCAUGACUUCCAUACCUCAACUUUUUGGUGAAAUAAGGGAAAAGAAUAUUCUUUAAUGCAAACAAUGUCAAUAUUAUUUGGUUUACAUGUUAUCUACCACAUGGAUGAAUGCAAUAAUCAUUUUCGCCCAAUUAAAUAAUAUUGAACUAUGCUAGUAACAGAUCUUUAGUACUGCAUUGACAUUCAGGUUUUUGGCAUGAUUUUAGAGCAUAGCAUAAUCAUGGCAAUGGUAUAGAACGAGACACAUUAAGUUCACAACUUCAUGGAAAAUAAAUGUUUGUAUCCAAAGUAAGCAAUCAAAGUGACUGGCAAGACUAGAGUUUGACCUGCCAAGUCAGCAAUCGCGCUGGAUAUUGUACAUUGACCAGCAGUUAUUUUUCAGUCCUGGAACAAAACUGUUUUAUUGUUAUUUGCAGAGUGCCAUCAUAGGUAGCCAGGUAGAACAGAAAAUUGUCAAUUCUCUGGAAAAGAACAAAACUCUGUUGAGUUUUGGAAUGAGCUUUGACACCCAGGGACCUAGAAUCCGAGCUGCAGAACUGAUGGUGCGAAACAAUGAUGCAAGUAAGUUAUAAUACCUUCACAAGUUUCUUUACCCAGGGAUGUCCCUAAGAGCUCAGGGCCUGGUUCCUCGAAAGAUGGUCAAGUUUAGCCUAGGAUUAAGCCAAAUUUUAAGCAAGGUUUUCUUGUAUAAGAACAUGUUCCUCGAGCUUACAAAAUACUGUUGUGCCUUUACUUCAAAAAAAAAGAAAUGAUAGCACAAAAUGUUCCUCUAGGCAAUGCAUAGGAAGGUAAAUACAAAAAGUGGAACAAAAUUUUAAUCCUGGAUUAUCGCUAAUUGGCAUUUCAGGAACCGGGCCCAGGGUUUUCAGUAGCAUUCAGAAGUACUAGCUGCAGAGGUUCAGCUGGCAGACUUGCAGUAUUUGUGUCACAGGCAUGAACGUUGAUUGCUGGAGGCACAAACUUCUAGGGGGUCAGGGGCAUGCUCCCAUGAGAAGUUUUCAAAAUUGGACUCUCUAAAAUGCUAUUUCCUGCAUUCCCUGGACUGGAAUUGGUUAACCAGGAAGGUCUUAAAAGCUCCCAAAAAGGGAAAUAUUAAUUUUGAUUUGGCAGUGUUAUAAUAUUAUUAACAGUUUGCAGUUGUUGCAGUUUUUGGUUAAUUCCAAAACAAAUUCCAAUCAUAAGGAGUGUAUGAAUCCCGGAUGACAGAUGGUUUACAGAUAGUAAUUUAAAUGUUCAAUCCAUUUGUUACAUUGACUUAUCAGAAAAAUCAGCUUACUGAAGCUCUAUCGGUGAAAGUCUUGGUGAUGCUUUUGGGGCGAUCUCUACAUAAUUAUUUUGUGUGUGAACCACAUAACAUUACAUUUCAAACAACCAGAUGUGUCCCGUGUCUGGCCUGAAAUGAAACCCCUGAGAGCUGGCUGCGGGCUAAUUUCACCAGCUGAAAAAGAGCUGACCACUGGCUCAAAAUUGCUCUGACAAAAAAAAAGACGUGGAAUAAUUUUGAAGGUGUAGUUUACUAAAAUAGCCGGCUUGACUGACAAAAAAGCCUGCUUGAAUGAGAGUGGGUAGUCACGAAUGUCAAGAUCAUUAUUGUGGUCAUUAGCAGGACUCAAAAAAUCCACUAGCCAUAAAUCUGGCGAAGAUUUUCAUGGUGGUUUUUGCUAUCGAGUUAGUGAAUUCUGUUCUUAACUUGCCCGAUGGGCAAGUGAGUUUUUUGGGGAAUUCAAAUAACAAAAGACUUGUAAUCAAUCCUGCUCAUCAAAUUUUUUUAGGCGUGUUGAAAUGACUUUCAGGCUCACUGAAGUAUAUGCAAGCCACAACUUGCAGGAGUGACAAGCUGUAAACUAGACUUUCUUUGCAACCUGCUUGCAUGCCCGAUGAAUGCCUGUUAUGCUGAUUCACAAGAUUUACAGUUCAAUGUCUAUUAUGUUUCCUCUAUCAUUUAAUUUAAUUUUGAUUAAAGGGUAUUCUUUCUGAUUCUUUCUCCCAUACAAAUCCUUAUGUUUUAAAUGUUAUGCAACAGUGCUGACAGUGCUUGGACCACUUGUGGAAUGUAGAGCCUUUUACCAUAACAAGGUGCACCCUCUCUUUGGAUUACACUCAAUAUCAGCUCUAAGUAGCAGAACUGCAUUUGAAAUCCUGUGAAUUCUUUUUAAACCUACUUUUUUUAUUUUUGGAUGCUCUAUGGUGACUGUCCCUAAUUCAAAAUAGCAGUAAAAAGGUUAUUUAAUUUUAUCCCUAGUUUAGUGAUGAGUUACUUUUGAUUAAGUGCACCCAGAAGUGAAAGUGUUGAUUUUGUUUGUUGCAGAACGCCUGGAACGAGUUGAGAAUGGUGACGUUGAUGAUGAGGACGAUGAAGAUGAAGAAGAGGAAGAUGAUGAGUAACUGAAAUAAGAUAUCGCAGUUCUUUUUUUGUUUGAAAAUGGCGAAGAAAGGUUGGUUUCUCUUUAGGAAUUAAUAAAACCUUUCACAGUUAAGCACAAACUUUGCUUUGUCAAGUGUGAUGGUGCUUAGACUUUGCCAUUCUCGUCCUCAUGUGAUAAUCUAUGAUGUACACUGUAUUGGAAAUCAUAUCAGGGGAGAGGUUUUGAGAGAAAAUACUUAGUAAUAGUUAGUAAUUUUGUCCUAGGUAGAUAUAACAACAGUUGAAGUUGUUUUAUUGCUAAUGUAACAGAUUUUUCACCUUCUUCGCUUCAAAAUCCUAGCUUUUGCUUUGCAAACCAAUUUUGUAAGACAGGCUGAAAUCACUUCAAUUCACAAAUCCGUACAACAGUCCUUGUUUGUGGAAGGAGAACAGCAAGCUGUCGUUUUAAACAACUUAAGGCAAUCAAUAUAUUUUUUACCUGUGUAAGUUAGAAGAUAGCUUGCACUUUCUUCAUAAAUUUGUGCAAAUACUCCAGGGUUCAUCUUAGUUAAAGCACAAUGGAACCUCUCUUUAUAGACAUCUCUAAUAUCAGCGAUUUCGACCAAGGCACUUGUCAAAAGUCUAGCUGGUCUUGUUUUCAAACCAAAAAUAUUUAAAUCUUAGUGGAUGAAAAACCAUUUAGUAAGUCAUCAUACACAACUUAUUUUUCUCUUGCUUGCUGUAAAAUUGAAUUUUCAUAAUCACUACGUUUUGUGUGUCUUGUUUUGUCAAAAAUCGCAUUUUUCCCUAUCUGUUAUGAUAGCAUAUAAAUUUUCUGGGACAGAAGUGGCAAUAAGAAACCUCCGAGUGAUUUUAUUGUGACAAUUAAAUGUGGUCUUAAGCGAAGCUGGUGACUGGAAACAUGGAAAUGAAGGUUUCAUUAUGACUUGAAUGUUCUUGUUUUACGUCAAGAAGUGACUUGAAAAAAGAAUGUAUUAAUCUUAUCGUGUUUGUAUCCUGCAAGCCAAUUCGCUGUGGAAAUAAAUCCUGAAAACUAAGAAAUGGCGGUUG